AUGAUCAAUAUGACGCAAGUUUUCACUCCAAUAGAAGAUGCCCUUGCCGCUUUCAAAAAAGGUGAGUUUCUAGUUGUAAUGGAUGAUGAAGAUCGAGAAAAUGAAGGUGAUUUAAUCAUGUCCGCCGAACUAAUAACUCAAGAACAAAUGGCUUUCUUAGUCCGUCAUUCAUCAGGGUAUGUUUGUGUACCGUUAUCAACUGAAAGAGCAGAUAAGUUGGAUUUACGCCCCAUGAUUCAACACCAAACUGAUAGACAUGGAACUGCAUACACUGUUACUUGCGAUUAUGCCGAGGGCACGACUACUGGUAUUUCUGCUCAUGAUCGUGCUCUUACUGCUAGGUCACUCGCUAAUAAGGACUCCAAGCCUGAUGAUUUUAUAAAACCGGGUCACAUUGUUCCAUUGAGAGCAGUUCCUGGUUUGUUGAACAAGAGAAGAGGUCACACCGAAGCUGCUGUCCAAUUAUGCGAAUUGACUGGAUUACAGCCAGCCGCCGUUAUUUGUGAAUUGGUAAGAGAUGAAGAUGGAUUAAUGAUGAGACUUGAUGAUUGUGUCAAGUUUAGUCAAGAAUAUAAUAUCAAAAUCAUCAAUAUCAAUCAAUUGGUCGAUUACAUUAGUAAAUAA